UGCAGUCCCUUAUCUACAAUGAAUACUCAAGUGACGCCAUGUCAGCGGCGGGCCGCCAUAUGUGGAUACUCCGGAAGCGCCAUUAUCCGCUCGUCUCUGCCAAAAUGACCCCUCUCCCUCUCUUGUUAAUGCAGCAAAAAAGAUGACGAAGCAAACCCAACAAGGGACCUAGACUCUGAACUGAAAACCAGAUAAUCAUUUGCUAUCAACUGGAAAAUAGAAAGACACCCGCGACUAAAUCCAAAGUUUUUUUUUAAACCAAAUUUUGAAGCAGCUGGUAUUUUCUUUCAUCGCAUCUCUCGCUGCUGCUCCUUAUGCUCAGGUUAUGCCCUAGGGGCUUUAUUUCGUACCAUUUUUAAAUCUACAUAAUUCCCACCGGCUCUGCAUCGCCAUGGAAUUCACCUUGGCCUCAAAGGUUAGGGUGGUUUCAGGGCCCAUUCACUACUUCAUUUCAAGUCAAGCUCCUCCAAUUUCUGCGAAAAGCCCCCGAGUUCUCCCAGAAAGCUCUCACCUCAAUCUGUCUAGGACUGUAUUAACCUACCGAUCUAGACCUGCGUGUGGUGUAACGUCGAUGAGAGAUCAUUCUCAGCCUGAAACUGAGAGCCAUUGUGAAGGACUCAGUGACCAUGACUUGUCUAGCUUAACUGCAUUAUCACCCUUGGAUGGUAGAUACGUGCAAAAGGUCAAGGAGUUGCACUGCUUUUUGAGUGAAUAUGGCCUGAUUCGUUAUCGUAUUUUGGUUGAGGUCAAGUGGUUGAUAAAGUUGUCACAAAUUCCUGAAGUCACUGAAGUCCCAAGCUUUAGUGACAAUGCCAUAUCUUAUUUAGAAGACCUAGUUCAAAGUUUUAGUUUGGAUGAUGCCUGGGAAGUGAAAAGAAUAGAGAAAGUUACCAAUCAUGAUGUAAAGGCCGUGGAGUACUUCUUGAAAAAGAGAUGCCAAUCCUUUCCAGAAGUUGCAAAGGUACUGGAGUUUUUUCACUUCUCUUGCACAUCUGAGGAUAUCAAUAAUUUGGCUCAUGCAUUAAUGUUGAGGGAGUCCCUCAAUAUGGUAAUUCUUCCUAUCAUGGAUGAGUUGAUUACAGCUAUAUGUGAUCUUGCGAAGAAAAAUGCAGACGUUCCUAUGCUUUCUCGAACACAUGGACAGACAGCUUCACCAACUACUUUAGGGAAGGAAAUGGCUAUAUUUGCUAUCCGAUUAAGCCGGCAAAGAAAGUCGAUUUCGCAUGUUCAAUUGAUGGGAAAGUUUGCUGGUGCAGUUGGAAAUUAUAAUGCACAUCUUGUGGCAUAUCCUGACAUUAACUGGCCACUUGUUGCUGAAGAGUUUGUGACAUCGUUGGGAAUAAACUUCAACCCUUACGUGACACAGAUUGAGCCACAUGACUACAUGGCAGAGCUCUUCCAUGCUGUUACUCGUUUCAACAACAUCUUAUUGGAUUUUGACAGAGACACAUGGGGCUAUAUUUCUGUAGGUUACUUCAAGCAGCAAACCAAAACUGGGGAAGUUGGUUCUUCAACCAUGCCUCACAAAGUCAAUCCCAUUGAUUUUGAGAACAGUGAGGGCAAUCUGGGUCUCGCCAAUGAAGUAUUACAUCACCUAAGUGCAAAGUUGCCUAUUUCGCGCUGGCAGCGUGACCUAACAGAUUCCACUGUUUUAAGGAAUCUCGGUGUUUGUUUGGGGUAUGCUGUUCUUGCAUACAAGAGUGCUUUACAAGGAAUUAGAAAGCUGGAGCUAAAUAAUGCCCGCGUGAUGGAAGAUUUGGAGCAAUCGUGGGAGGUGCUUGCCGAACCAAUACAAACUGUGAUGAGGCGUUAUGGUAUUCCAGAGCCGUACGAGAGGUUAAAAGAGCUGACUAGAGGUCAAGCAGUGACAAAGGAGAGCAUGCAAGAGUUUGUGAGGGGGCUUCACCUUCCACAGGAAGCCAUGUCUACCCUUCUUAACCUCGCACCCCAUACUUACAUUGGAGCUGCAAGAGACUUGGCCUCAAAUGUUGAUGCCUUUCUCUCAUGAUAUAUUAAGCGGGAAGGGGUCUUUUUUUUUUUAAUGUAUCGUUUUAUUUUUCUGAGUUAGUAUUACUAUUUCUUAUUGUUUUCUUCAUUUUGCCCUUCUAAAAUUUGGAAUUAUUUGACUCUCUAUUCCUUCCUAAUUAAUGUCUAUGUCUAGAGCGCCACAUGCAUUCAACAUCAAUUGUUAACUAUCUUGAGCAUAUUGUUCUUAUUCAUACCCUCCAUCACCACAAAUUUUUUUGGUAAAAAUAUCAUGAAUUAACACUA